CACAUUCAGAGCUGCUGCUGCGCACUGCCCUCCAUCAGGGGGGACUCUCUAGUUGGCCUGGACCAUGAGCAAUGAGUCUACCGUCUGGAACAUCCUACCAAAAAACUCCACAGAGAUCCCAAUCAAGCCUGAGGAGCAGCAAGAUGGCUACGUGCUCCUCCUGGUGAUCCUCUCCAUCUUCCUGGUAGGAACGUUGAUCUUCAUCUCUGUCUUCCUCAUCGCCUUCCGUCGCUGGUGUCGAGGAGGGCAAUGCUGUGCCAGGGCCAGCGAUGACCCUGAGAAAACAAACACCACCUAUGUGGAGGAGUCCCAGCCCACCCAUGAAAUCACCAUCAGGGUGGAUGAGUCAGAGUGCCUGUCGAUGGCCAGCUCUCACGACCAGGAGACGGAGCGCUUCCUCUCCACGGGCACCACGGGCCGUCGUGUCUCCUUCAAUGAGGCUGCGCUCUUCGAUCACGGCAAGAAGGCCCAGGAGAAGGGCCGCAGGUACACUCUGACCGAGGGCGACUUUCACCACCUGAAGAACGCCCGCCUCACGCACCUCCACAUGCCUCCACCGGCCCUCAAGAUAGUCACCAUCCACGAGUGCGACUCGGCUGAGAACAGCAUCACCAUGACGACGCGCCCUGUCGCCAAGUCAGCACUUUCCAUCUUCCAGCCAAUGCUGUGCCCCCUCCCGCAAACAGCGCUGACAAGCCUGAGCGUUAACCCCAGCUGCGCCCUCCCUGGAGAUGCUCUAAACUCUGUGGUGGACACCAGCUUCAGUGAGAACACUCUGACUCUCAGUACGAAAGAGCCGAGCUCCACCUCUAUCGAGAUGAUGGGAGCGGGGCCCCGCGGCAGAGGCAGCAGUGUCAGUGUCGGAGAGGGGGCCGCGGUGCGGAGCGGCGGUGCCCCUCAUGCUAGUGCCGGAGCUGCAGGAAGCCAGGGCCCGGUGCUGCAGUUCUUCACAAAACUGCGGCGCCAUGCUAGUCUGGAGGGGGCCAGUCCCUACUUCAAGAUCAAGAAAUGGAAGCUGGACAGCAGCCAGAGAGCCUCGAGUCUGGACACCAGAGGCUCUCCGAAGAGGAGGCAGUUCCAACGCCAGCGAGCCGCCAGCGAGAGCAUGGACCAGGACGACAACGACGCGCAUCACAUAGACCUCAUCCAAUACAUCGCCCGCACACAGGACAUCGCCUUCCGUCCCAGCCACCCCACCACACGCCUCCUCUCACCUCCCUCCACACCACCCCCCUCCCUCGGCAGGGUAGAGGUAGAGGUGAUGGUGGAGCCCAGCUGCAGCCAUGGAGGACCAGGGGUGAUUGGCCUGUCCCCUGAUCCCCAAGACGAAGCACUGUCCCUGGCAAGAAGGGAAGGUGCAGACCCUUUGGAACCCCCAGAUCCCCAGGACCCCCAAUCACUUUACAAAGACAUCUGGACCCUUCGUGCAUCACUGGAACAAUACGCAGCCUCUGACCAGAGCAGCAACAAUGACAGGAACUCCGUCUGCAGUGAUGCUGAGAGUGUGUGUUCGUUGGGUGGGCGCACAGAGACAGAGAGAGGAGGGCUGCCCAGCUACCCAUCCCAGGAUUUAGGAGAUGAGGCAGAGUGUGGAGACGAUGACAAAGACAUUUCGAUGUAUAUGGAUGAGAGGUUGAGGGUGAAGGAGGGAAGAAGAAGGAAACAGGACAGCACGGAAUCAGAGCGAGGGGGCAGCGAUGGCGAAACAGGGACUCGUAAAUUGCUGCAGAUGGACAGCGGCUAUGCGUCAAUCGAGGCUCCAACUCGUGGUCCGGAAGAGCUGCGACUGUUUGGGAGCAUCAGCGGCAGCCCGAAGGACAGAACAGCCCAUGAAAAAAGGCACCAUUUCACCAACGCAGGGCGCACUGGCACUAUUGGUGAGAGCUUCGAGUCUCAUCUCUUCGAGGAGGAGCCGGAGGAUGAGUUGUUGUUGGGUGCCAGUGGAGGAGUUUCCAUAGAAACAGGUGCUGGUUCACUGAGCUGGUUCCCAUAUGGUCAGAUGCUCACACCUCGAGAGGCUGUGCAGCCGUCCCCUCAACCGCCAACGCUGCACCGGCGAGACUACAGCAUAGAUGAGAAGACGGACGCCCUCUUCCACGAGUUUCUCCGCCACGACCCUCAGUUUGACCAGCAGGAGUCGCCGCUGAGGAAGCACCGGUCCCGAAUCCACCUCCGCAAGCAGUGGCAGCGGCACAAGCAGUGGAGCGACCCCGGUGUCAGACACUUCCAGUCCUCUUUUGACAGACAGCGGACGCCGCUACGGAGGGGUGAGAGCGUGAACUACCCACUGGACACAAGCUACCACAGCACGCUCCCUCGCAUCGUCAGUGCUCCUGACGAGGAGGCCAGCGACGGCACCGGCAGCACUCCUGACACUCCAAAGGUCGAACCUAUGACUACUGAGAGAAUAGACAAGGAGCAGGCUGCCACUGAGGACCGCGCCUCCUCUUCCUCACCGACUCUUAAAGCGUCCGUCUCAGAGAAAGAUGGGGCGCUGGUGGAGCACCACGACCCCCAGGAGGACAGCAAACAGCCCGGACUCCCUCCAGAGCCCUCGGACGAGCGCUCGCCGCCUCAGCAGCCCGACUCCUCAGGCUACGGCCCGCAGACCAUCACAGCAGAGCUCACGGACAAACUGACUGCUAACCUGGACGAGAGGCUGUACAUGGGCCUUCGCAGGACCAAGGACACAGCCACUGAGUGCGUGACGGUGACGGCCACACACGCUUCUCCGGACCACAGCCCAGUGUAGCACGGCUCCAGUCGUCCUCCUCGUCAACCUCACUCCUGCUGAUUUUCUUUUGAUUUGUCUCGUCUCAGUUUUUACUGUGUGCACAGCUUGAAUGGUGCGAUCCAGACCCAUAAACACACAACGGAAAAUAUGCUUUAAAUCAUUUUACAUACAGCAGAUCCACUAGAAACGCAGCCUGUCUGUCUUCAUGCCUGUUAACAUUACAAAAGUGUUCAGUGUUGCCAUUUUGCAUUUUUCUCUCAUAAAGUUACAACUCAAAAUAAUAGACGAACAGAGCUAACAUAUCAAAAAUCAUAUGGUUUGAGUAACAAUUGUUUCCUCAUUGACUGUUUCUGUGUCUGUUUCUGCUGCUGACAUCUCUGUCUCUGCUCUCCAGUGUGAAUAAGUGAAGCUUUACUUGUUGAUCCACUGUGAAACCAGGUGCUAUUAGACGACUAGAAAGCUACAGAUCUGGACGCAAUAGUUAGCGUGCUAAUCCCAUCAUGCAUCAGUGGAAAAAAAGCAGUUGUAUCAGUAUUCAUGAGCUAAAAAAUUUUUGAGAAUGCCAUAUUGAAUAAGUCAAAGCUUUAUGCGUACUUUAGUUGUUCACACUGGUUGUUAAAAACAGUAGUUUCCAGCCUAUGGUGGUCCCAAGAGAAGUGUUUCUUUAACACAAAAUCAUGUUUUUUUUAAAAAAUUUGAAUCAGUGAUCAGUCAAUCAACGUGAAUCAGUGAUUUUUAGGAACACUUUUACUUGCAUUGAUUGAGGGAAUAUAUCAAUAUUUUUUAUAAGUCGACUUACAACAACUUAUCUAACUCAAUGAUUGUAAUUUAAGAUAUGGUGGAUGGCGUGACAGCUCCCGAAUAACGAAGCCAAAACAUCUCAUUCGACCCCUGGUGGCUGGCUGCAGUACAGGUCAUAAACCCCGCCCCCUCCAUGUCAGCAGAUGGGACAAAUCAAAAGUACAUGUCAAAUAAAUUUUUCCUCAAGAUGGUUUCUGUCAUUUCAGGUAAUUCUUAUCAUCCUGAUGUCUCUUCAGAGGUUUGUUUUUCUGUUGAGUUUGGUUUUGAUUAGUAAUUUGAUGCUUUGCAAUUGCACUGUGUGUUGGCAGGAACUUCCUGUUUGCUACUGCGCAAACGACGAAGAUGACAGCAACCAUAUUUAAGAUAUUCUGGCUUAGUUUUUACAGUGAGAGGACGUGGAGACGCACCCAUCUACAGUCUAUUGUCAGCUUCGUUUAUGGCCACAAAAAUGGCAACAAGCACGGAGCUUAUGUCAUUUUUUGUGGCCAUUUUUCAUGGAUGCAGCUAGAUGGCAUCUCUGUUCUUAAUCCCGCCUACAAAGCUCUGAUUGGUGGUUGUUUUUCUAAUCAAGGAAACAGCGGUUAAGCCAUCAGGGGUCACAAGUACCAAUUGCUUGAUUGUAAGGGGCCACAAACCAAAAAGGUCGGGAACCGCUGGUUUAGAAUAACACAGUUUCUCCCAUAAAGUCUUAUAUCCUUUGAUUUUCCUCACGUCUGACUGCAG